ACAAGAGCAUCAUCAGAUUCCAUCAGAUUUGCGACAUGAGCGCCAGCCUCACCAUCACUACCCCUAGCUCGGUCCACCAUUACAUGUGCCCGUCCAUUUGACUCUUUACAAAUCAAUCAUACACUAUCUUGUUGUCUUAUACCGAGAACCUAACCAAAUCACACCGCCCCUUACCGCAUUAUGACCGCCGCUAGCUGGGCCUACAGAGUUUCGUGCAUCUAGUCGCAUCGCAUAUUGCAUCCCUAGCAGGCUAUCUCGUGCUGCAAUAAUGGCUCCUAAUUUUCGCCAGAACACACAGACACGCCGUGGCAAUCGUGGCGGAUAUGUUGAACAAGACGACUUUGAUGGGUUGCCUAUUCGCCAAUAUCGCCGAGAAUGGGUGACCAUCGCGCCGCCGCCGCCACCCGAUCUUACUCGCGUGAACGACAUUUGGGCUACCGAGCUGCCUUACGGUAUGCCCAAGGACGCACCAUUGCUCCCAACCCAUACACAGGAACUUCUCAUGGCUGCCCGCUCGGGACGACUCUGGAAACGACCCGCUCCCGUUGAAGAAGAAGAAGUCGAGGCCGAUCCCACUCUAACUGAAAAGAACGACAAGAAGGAAGACGAUCCCAGCACCAAGGGCUUUCAAGUCAAGGUCUGGAAACAAGUCCCUCGUAAUGCCGAGGGACCCUACGUUUCUUAUCUCGGUAAACGAAGAAAAGGUACUAUCACGCUGUCGUCCGAUCUCCCUGCGGGGGCUGCUCCUGGUCCGACUAUAACCAAGGCCACCGUCCGUCGCAUCGAUGCUGCUGGAAAUCCGUAUACGCAAGAAGUCACUUUGAACGAGGGGCAGCAUGUCGAUGGAGAAAUCAUAUCUACUACUGUCGUGGCCGCGCCAGUACCAACCGUGGCAGUGGAAGCGGCUGCAACACCUGUACGAAGGCGUCCGCCUCCUCCAAAGAGGAAGCCCAAGGGACCUGGUAGAGGCCGGAAGAAGAAGCUUCCUCUGACACCCAGCACACACCACAAUGCGGUUAAACCUGUGACUACGGGAGUCAUACCAGGUGUACCACCAGUUGAUGGAGCUCAGGUUUUGAAAACGGACGACGAGACAUCGAAGAAUAACGAUAUCGAGAUGGCUGAUGACGAUGAUGGUGAUGAUGUUGAAGAUGGCGAGGAUGAAGGUGAAGUAGAUGAUGAUGACGAAGAUGGUGAUGGAGACACAGGUUUCGUCUCGCGAGCCGAUAGUGAAACCAAGUCUGACCAGAUGGAAAUUUCACCCUCACAGGAUCUGGCUGAAAAGGCGGCUGGAUCUACGCAAGUACCCCCUACUCAGGAAGUGCCCUCCUGGACAAAUGCCACUCUCUCAGCUCCACUACCUCCUCUGUCACAUGUUGAGGGGAGCCCUCUCAAGCACGUUAUUUCUGCUCAAUCCCCGGGCAGUCACCAUCCCGAUUCACCAUCUCAAGACGAUAUGCCAAAGACUGCAGCUGCUGUGGAUGAGGUUGAGCAAGCAUGCUUUAAGUUUGAACCAGGGCUUAGCCUACCUCCGGCUAUGGAUGCCAGUACGGUCAAUGAGUCAACCGAGACUGCUGUAAUGACACCAAUUGAUGCACAAGUCAAGCCAGAUCCCGACAUAGAUAUGGAGGAUGCUGCUCCCCUGCCUAUUGAUGUGCCCCCCGAGGUUGCGCCUUCGGCUGCCGAAACUCUAGAAAAUCCUCAAGAUACAAUGGAUUCAUUGCCCAUAGAACCGACAGAUUCUAGCGAACCUAUUCCUUCCGAAAUACCGGUCAAUGAGGGACUUCAAACCGAGAUUACCAGUGUGGCGCCAUCUUUAGAAACAGAAAGCCGGGAGGCCGAGGUUGCCUCAUCCGGUGAUGUAUCCACCUCUAAUGAUGCCACGAACGAAGUUCAAGCAGCUGUUCCCAUAGCCCAAGAGAUUACAGAGCCCUCCGUGGAGCCCUCAGUCCCUGAGCCCACAGAUGUUCCUCCCAUCGAUGAACAGCCUAUAUCUGCCCCUGAUCUAGGGCAGUUCCUAGACGAACCAGCGGAACCCGAAGAGAACGCGGCAAAUAGUCCAGACUUGUUUAGUGGACUCGAGGCGGCAUUGAACCAACAUGAAUCCGGUAGUAGUGAGCCAGAGCCGGUGCCAGAAAAGUCGGAAGCGGCUGUACCAGUUGAUGCAACGCAAGCCGCUGGGUCGCCAACCCAAACUUCCAGUUGAUGGAAGUGGAUGGGGGAAAAAAAGUGAAACGAUGAACGCAAUGAUGAAUAGAGUGCAAGCUUUAAAGCUUGUAUUGAUUUGAUAAGGAUUGUCAAUUAUGCAUACACUAGAUGACGGGUGCAUCUGGUUUGCUAAGCGCGCGAGGAUGACAAUCAUCUGUCAUUGGAUAUUCUUGAUGUACAGCGCCUUUUGUAUUGUUAGGGAUGGUUAAAGAGGCAAUAAUGCUCUGACACGGUCAAAGGGGUGAAAAUCAAUUAGUUUAACCGGGAUAACCUAAUUUCUCAAUUCUAAUUGACUAUCUAGGUAGAUUCUGUACUUGAAGUAUGAUUUGCCGCCCUUGUCAAAUGCGUAGCAAGGGAUGAAUGAUCGACUUCCUGGGAAGUCGUUGCGAUGGGAGUUUCGUAGAGUAAGCAGCAGCACCCACCCACUGCUAGCCCCGCUUCUUCAACGAAUCUUGCUUCUCA